AUUAUAUAUCUUAAAAAACAACAACAUGCUCGAUUUCGCUGCACAGUGGAAAGAAACAGUGACCAAUCCUUAGAAACGAAACACUCAACUCAACAACAACACCCCACAAAAGCAAAAAGCCUGAAACCUCAACUAGCACCGCACCACUGCUUUCUCUUUGAGUUAGGGUUUCCUCUCUCUCUCUCUUCCUCUCUUUCUCUCUUCUUUAUUUAAAAAAAUAAAAAAUGAAAAGAAGAAGCAUGCACAAUCACAGAGGAAUUUCACUGUGCCAAAGAUUCUCUUCUUUCCAUUAGUAGCCAAAAAAUCUUAUAUAUCUUUGUGAUCUUUCCAUGUCUUAUUUUCCAUCUGUUUUGUACCCUGUGAUUCUCCUUCAAAGCUUGAAAAGGAUGGUUCAUAGAUCAACCAGAAUUCCAAUUCCAAUAGAUUAGUUGAAGUAGAUGGAGAUCCGUGGAGCGGUGUCGUUUCGUAACGGGGUUGAGGUGAUGUUAGCUUAAUCAAAUCCAGUGAACGACGACGUUUCUCGGGGUGUUUCUAGUUUUCGGUAAUUUUAAGGAAACAAAAACUAUUUCUGGGGUUGUACGGAAAUGUUUGUGGGGAACCAGAACCAGAUCGUUGCUGUUCUUUGAUUUCCAGAGGUUUUUUUAUUUUAUUUUAUUUUUAACGUUUUGUGGUGUUUGUAGCUGAGGUAACAACAGUAACUAACAAAGGUUGUUCGUUGCUUGUGCAAAAUGGGUAUUUGGUUUUAGAAACAGGCGAAGAAGUAGUGGUAGAAUUAGAAGUAGAAGUGGCUUUUCAGUUGUGGUUUGGUUGUUGUUAACGUUAACGUUUAACGUUUGUGUUUGAAUUGGCUGCGGCAAUGUCCUGCAAGGAUGGUAGCAAACACUUAAUGGAUAACGGCAAGUAUGUCCGUUACACACCUGAGCAGGUUGAAGCCCUUGAGAGGCUUUAUCAUGAUUGUCCUAAACCAAGUUCAAUUCGCCGCCAGCAACUCAUACGCGAGUGCCCAAUUCUCUCCCACAUUGAGCCAAAGCAAAUCAAAGUUUGGUUCCAGAACAGAAGAUGUAGAGAGAAGCAGAGAAAAGAGGCUUCGCGGCUGCAAGGUGUGAAUCGGAAGUUGACUGCAAUGAAUAAGCUGCUGAUGGAGGAGAAUGAUAGGUUGCAGAAGCAGGUGUCUCAACUGGUGUAUGAAAAUGGUUAUUUUCGUCAACACAACCAGAAUACUACUCUUGCAACCAAAGACACAAGCUGUGAAUCAGCUGUGACGAGUGGUCAGCACAGUUUGACAACUCAAAAUCCUCCAAGGGAUGCAAGUCCUGCAGGGCUUUUGUCCAUUGCAGAAGAGACUUUAGCAGAAUUUCUUUCUAAGGCUACUGGGACUGCUGUUGAGUGGGUCCAAAUGCCUGGAAUGAAGCCUGGUCCGGAUUCCAUUGGAAUCGUAGCUAUUUCUCAUGGUUGCACUGGUGUGGCAGCAAGAGCCUGUGGUCUAGUGGGACUAGAACCCACUAGGGUUGCAGAAAUCCUCAAAGAUCGGCCUUUGUGGUUUCGCGAUUGCCGAGCUGUUGAUGUUCUCAAUGUGCUGCCCACAGCAAAUGGUGGAACCAUUGAGCUGCUUUAUAUGCAGCUAUAUGCGCCAACAACAUUGGCACCUGCUCGAGACUUCUGGUUGUUGCGUUACACUACUGUUUUAGAAGAUGGCAGCUUAGUGAUCUGUGAGAGGUCUCUUAAAAAUACUCAAAAUGGUCCAAGCAUGCCUCCUGUGCAGCAUUUUGUUAGAGCAGAGAUGCUGCCUAGUGGGUAUCUAAUUAGACCUUGUGAUGGAGGUGGUUCCAUCAUCCACAUUGUUGAUCAUAUGGAUUUGGAGCCAUGGAGUGUGCCUGAAGUGCUGCGUCCACUGUAUGAAUCAUCAACGGUGCUGGCUCAGAAGACAACUAUGGCGGCCCUACGUCAGCUAAGGCAGAUUUCGCAUGAAGUUUCUCAGUCUAACGUCACUGGGUGGGGUAGACGACCAGCAGCUCUACGAGCACUUAGCCAGAGAUUGAGCCGGGGUUUCAAUGAGGCACUAAAUGGGUUUACUGAUGAAGGAUGGUCCAUGAUCGGCAAUGACGGCAUAGAUGAUGUUACUAUUCUAGUGAAUUCGUCCCCUGACAAGUUAAUGGGUCUGAAUCUUUCAUUUGCCAAUGGAUUUCCUUCUGUUAGUAAUGCAGUGUUAUGUGCCAAAGCAUCAAUGCUAUUGCAGAAUGUGCCUCCAGCCAUUCUCCUAAGAUUCCUGCGGGAGCAUAGAUCAGAAUGGGCAGACAACAACAUGGAUGCUUACUCAGCUGCUGCCAUUAAAGUUGGCCCUUGUAGCUUAUCAGGAUCUCGUGUUGGAAAUUAUGGGGGUCAAGUUAUACUCCCUCUAGCACACACUAUUGAGCAUGAGGAGUUUUUGGAAGUCAUUAAGUUGGAAGGAAUUGCUCAUUCUCCUGAUGACCCAAUAAUGCCAAGAGAAGUGUUUCUUUUGCAAUUCUGCAGUGGAAUGGAUGAGAAUGCUGUUGGCACCUGUGCCGAACUUAUAUUUGCUCCAAUUGAUGCUUCCUUUGCUGAUGAUGCCCCCCUUCUACCUUCUGGAUUUCGCAUCAUUCCCCUUGAAUCUGGAAAGGUUAGCCUCAUGUUGUUAAAACGCCCUAAUCGCACCCUUGACCUUGCAUCUGCCCUUGACAUUGGUCCCACUGGAAACCGAACUUCAAAUGAUUAUUCUGGAAAUCACGGUUGUAUGAGAUCUGUGAUGACAAUAGCAUUUGAAUUUGCAUUUGAAAGUCAUAUGCAAGAGCAUGUAGCAUCUAUGGCACGGCAAUAUGUUCGAAGCAUUAUCUCAUCAGUCCAAAGGGUAGCAUUAGCACUUUCUCCUUCCCAUUUGGGUUCACAUGCUGGGCUCAGGACACCAUUAGGAACUCCAGAAGCACAAACCCUUGCUCAGUGGAUCUGCAACAGUUAUAGGUGCUACUUGGGUGUGGAGCUACUUAAAUCUAAUAAUGAGGGGAACGAAUCUUUACUCAAGUCCUUGUGGCAUCACUCAGAUGCAAUAUUGUGCUGUAAUCUAAAGGCAUUGCCAGUGUUCACUUUCUCAAAUCAGGCAGGGCUUGACAUGCUGGAGACUACCCUAGUUGCAUUACAAGAUAUAGCUUUGGAGAAAAUAUUUGAUGAUCACGGACGGAAGAUUCUCUUUUCUGAGUUUCCCCAGAUUAUUCAACAGGGUUUUGCGUGUCUUCAAGGUGGUAUUUGUCUCUCAAGCAUGGGGCGCCCUAUCUCAUAUGAUAGAGUUGUUGCUUGGAAGGUGUUGAAUGAAGAAGAGAAUGCUCACUGUAUUGGCUUUAUGUUUAUGAACUGGUCUUUUGUUUGACAUUAUGUUCCUUAGUAUAUGUAUCGAAUUGUUAAGAUGAAGAUUUACUUUAAGACAUUUAUGCUUUGUUGGUUGGUCUGUUAAUGUAUUUGCUCUUAAGACUCAGACUGCAUAUAAUA